GCGGCCAUUGCCGUCAGUUCCGGCGGCAGCGGGAGUGGGGCGGCUCCUGCCCCGGCUGUGAGUGCCUCUUUUCGGCUGUGAGAGCCUCUGUCCCGGCUGUGAGAGCCCCUGUCCCGGCUGUGAGAUCCCCUUCCCAGCUUUGUUGCAAAAUGAGUGUUCCUGACUACAUGCAGUGUGCUGAGGAUCAUCAGACCCUCCUGGUCGUGGUUCAGCCCAUUGGCAUUGUCCCCGAGGAGAGCUUUUUCAGGAUCUACAAGCGGAUUUCAGCUGUGAGCCAAGUCAACGUGCGCGACUCGCAGCGCGUGCUGUACAUCCGCUACAGGCACCACUAUCCCCCGGAGAACAACGAGUGGGGGGAUUUCCAGACACACCGCAAAGUCGUGGGGCUGAUCACUAUUACAGACUGCUCCUCUGCAAAGGAAUGGCCUCAGACUUUCGAAAAAUUCCAUCUUCAUAAGGAAAUGUAUGGUUCUACCCUCUAUGAUUCCCGGCUCUUUGUCUUUGGGCUUCAAGGAGAGAUCACGGAGCAGCCCCGCACGGAUGUGGCGUUUUAUCCCAGUUAUGAUGAAUGUGAGACUGUGGAGAAGAGAAUUGAAGAUUUUAUCGAGUCCCUCUUCAUAGUGUUGGAGUCGAAGCGGCUUGACAGGGCCACUGAUAAGUCUGGAGACAAGAUCCCACUCCUCUGUGUUCCUUUUGAGAAGAAGGAUUUUGUAGGUCUGGACACCGAUAGUAGGCACUAUAAGAAGCGCUGCCAAGGCCGGAUGCGGAAACACGUGGGUGACCUGUGUUUGCAGGCUGGAAUGUUACAGGAUUCCCUGGUCCAUUAUCACAUGGCAGUGGAACUGCUGCGCUCCGUGAAUGACUUCCUGUGGCUUGGAGCUGCUCUCGAGGGUUUGUGCUCAGCAUCCGUCAUCUAUCACUACCCAGGCGGCACCGGCGGCAAAGUCGGAUCUCGCAGGGCACAAGGAGGUUCCCUCUCUGCUGAGGCAGGAAACAGGCACAGGCCAGGGGCACAAGAAGUUCUCAUUGAUCCAGGUGCUCUGACUUCCAACGGUAUAAAUGCAGAUACCAGUGCAGAGAUAGGACGUGCCAAGAACUGCCUGAGUCCUGAGGACAUCAUAGAUAAAUACAAAGAAGCCAUUUCUUACUAUGGCAAGUACAAGAAUGCUGGUGUGAUUGAACUGGAAGCUUGUGUGAAGGCAGUGAGAGUCCUUGCAAUACAGAAGAGGAGCAUGGAAGCCUCUGAAUUUCUGCAAAAUGCAGUUUAUAUCAACCUUCGUCAGCUCUCAGAGGAGGAGAAGAUCCAGCGUUACAGCAUCCUCUCGGAGCUGUACGAGCGCAUCGGUUUUCACCGGAAAUCGGCCUUUUUCAAGCGCAUCGCGGCCAUGCAGUGUGCAGCCCCCAGCAUCCCCGAGCCCGGCUGGAGGGCCUGCUACAAACUCCUGCUGGAGACUCUCCCUGGGUACAGCUUGUCACUGGAUCCUCAGGAUUUCAGCAAAGGCACUCACAGAGGGUGGGCUGCAGUGCAGAUGCGUUUGCUCCAUGAGCUGGUCUACGCUUCCAGAAGGAUGGGCAAUCCUGCCCUGUGUGUCAGGCAUCUGUCCUUCCUCCUCCAGACCAUGCUGGAUUUCCUUUCUGACCAAGAAAAGAAAGAUGUAACACAGAGCUUGGAAAGCUAUACAGCAAAAUGCCCUGGAACAAUGGAAGUCAUCACUCUUCCAGAUGGUCUGAAGUUACCUCCUGUUCCCUUCACCAAAUUGCCCAUUGUGAGAUCUGUGAAGCUCCUGAACCUCCCAACCAGUCUCCGACCUCACAAAAUGAAGAGUUUACUUGGUCAGAAUGUGUCAACCAAAAGCCCCUUCAUAUAUUCUCCAAUUAUUGCACACAGUCGUGGGGAAGAACGAAAUAAGAAAAUAGACUUCCAGUGGGUCCAGGGAGAUGUUUGUGAAGUUCAGUUGAUGGUUUACAACCCAAUGCCUUUUGAGCUCCGAGUAGAAAACAUGGGUCUCUUGACAACUGGAGUGGAAUUCGAAUCUCUUCCUGCAGCUCUUUCCCUGCCAGCAGAAUCUGGUCUCUAUCCUGUGACUCUUGUUGGUGUUCCCCAAACCACUGGGCAGAUCACUGUCAAUGGUUACCAUACUUCAGUUUUUGGAGUUUUCAGUGAUUGCCUUCUGGACAAUCUGCCGGGAGUGAAGACCAAUGGCUGCACUGUUGAAGUCAUUCCAGCUUUGCCAAGGCUGCAGAUCAGCACCUCCCUUCCAAGGUCUGCUCAUACUCUUCAGCCUUCUUCAGGGGAUGAAAUCUCCACUAAUGUGUCUGUCCAGCUUUACAAUGGAGAGACCCAGCAGCUCAUCAUUAAAUUAGAAAAUAUUGGAACAGAACCACUGGAGAAAUUGGAGGUCACAGCGAAAACAGUCAACACCAAGGAGAAGCUGUAUGGGGAGUUCCUGAGUUGGAAUCUAGAAGAUACCCUCUCCCAGUUCCCUCUGAAACCUGGAAAGAUUGCAACAUUCACUGUAAACAUUAAAGUGAAGCUGGACUUUUCAUGCCAAGAAAACCUUCUGCAAGAUCUCAGUGAUGACGGAAUCAGUGUUACUGGACUUCCUCUCUCCAGCCCUUUCCGACAGGUUGUCAAACCAAGAGUGGAGACUAAAGCUCUGAAUCCACAGGAAAGCAGCAAAGUUGGUGACUUCAGUCACGUGAAGACACUGGAAGCCAUUUUGAACUUUAAGUACUCUGGUGGACCAGGACACGUGGAAGGGUAUUACAGGAACCUCUCGCUGGGCCUUCACGUGGAAGUAGAGCCGUCGGUGUUCUUCACUCGUGUCAGCACCCUGCCAGCAACAAGCACCAGGCAGUGCCAUCUACUCCUUGAUGUCUUCAAUUCCACAGAGCAUGAGUUGACCAUCAGUGCUAAGAAUAAUGAAGAUUUAAUCCUGCACGCUGGGGAGUGUCAGCGUAUGGCUAUCCAAGUUGACAAGUUCAGUUUUGAGAGCUUCCCAGAAUCCCCUACUGAUGGGACACAGUUGGCGAAUGCGAAGCAGCUGGAAGAAGAAAGGCAACAAGCAAAAGGUCUGGAGAUUAACAGCAAGCUGGAUAUUUGCUGGAAAAUUCCUUCCUUGAAGCGUGAAGGGGAAGCAAGUGUGGAAGGAGUUCUUAAUCAGUUGGUCCUGGAGCAUCUACAGUUGGCUCCUCUCCAGUGGGAUAUCCUUGUUGAUGGCCAGCUCUGUGACUGUGAUGUCGUGGUGAACUGCCAGGUGGGCGACCCCGUCCCGCUGCAGGUGAAGUUGACCAACUGGAGCAAACACAGCGUGGGGCCCUUCGCCCUCACCGUGAUGCCCUACCAGGAUUACCAGAAUGGGGUGCACAACUAUGACCUGCAAGAUGCCAUCACCUUCGUGGGGUCCAACACCUUCUACAUCGACUCAGUAAAGCCGACCAAAGACUCUGUGUACUUUGGAGCACUUCUCUUUCUCUACACAGGUGAUUUCUACCUGAAUAUCAAAUUCCAUGAAGACAACUGCAGCAGGGAGCUGCCUCUCUCCUGGCUCUGUCUUCCCAGUGUCCACAUCCGUGCUACGGAGCCUGUGGUCCCAACGAAGCUGUAAAUGUACUGUGUGCUACUUGAUUAACCACAGCGCACAGCAAUGCUUGGCACAGCUUCUGCUUGACCCCAGCUUGUUUCUGUCCAACCUCAGGCCACAGACUCCACUUUGGAGGAACAGCUGAACACUUUCUGAAUUGGCUGAUAGUCAUUUGGGCAGCUGCCUUUGCUAAUUUCAGAGAGAGGGAGAGAGAGAUUAUAACUGUGCUGGAGUUUUCCUCUGUUUCCAAAAAGCCUUUGAAAUUGCUAAUAUAUGCAUUAUACUUUAAUAUACUCCAUUGAUGUCAGUGGUUUGAAAGGGUCUUGAGGACUGAAUUUAACCAUGUGUUUGAAGGUCUCAAUUCCAACUUGAAUAAUAAUAAUAAUAAUAAUAAUAAUAAUAAUAAUUUAGAAUUUUUCGGUAAGAUUUGUGUAUCUGUAUGAAAUUCCUCCUGGCUUGUUCUGGACCCAUGGCAUGUACCCUUGAAGCGUGGAUGUCUCUUAGAUUUUGUUCACUUGCUUGUUCUUGUUCACUUGCUUGCUGAGUAUUUGGUGUCUUUGGUAAUAAAUAGCAGUUGUGGUGC